CGCCUUUCCCCACCUCUCUUACUGAGUCUCCUCCACUGUUUCUCACACCUGCUAGUCUCCCGUCUCAAGCCUUUUCCCUCUCCGUCGUCCCGCUAAACCAGCCAGCACCGUGUACCCUGUCUGUACCCUUCGCCUUGCUGUUCUGAUCUACGCAGCAAGCGCGCCGUGACAGCAGCCGCCAUGGCCGCUCGCGCCCACAGCAGACACCUGCCUCAGGUAGGAUUGCUGUGCCCCGCAGCCCGUUCCCGACCCUUCCGCCUAUCCGCUUCCGCUGAGCCCUCCUCCACUUUAAACUCCCCUGGUUUCCCGCCAGCAGAGCCAACCUUUCCCACGCACGUCGCUAAGUCACCAACGCUACAACGAUUACCCUUACUACCACUCCGACCUCCUUCGAGCGUUGCCCAUAGAACUAGACGUACAAACCCGCACAGCACUGAUACUAGCAGAUGUGCCACUACUCGUCGCAAUUCCGCCGCGAGUAGUAAUGGAAGAAGAAGCGCCCUUUCAAGCUGUAAAAGUACUCGCCCUAAUAGUAGAGAACUGACCGUGGCACUGUCAUCGCAUUUCCCAGAAGUCAUUGCCCCAACCUACUCCCACUGGCAGCCGCACCACCACAUGCCAUCAUGGCGCCACUCUCUCGCUCCCUCUUCUCCCUCCUCUCCUUCCGCUCCUUCCGCUCCUUCCCCGCCGCCCUCCUCCUCUCCCUCCUCGCUUUCCUCGCCCUCAUCGCGCUCCCCCGCGCGUCUCGCGCCGCCGACAUCGUCCCGCCGUUCCCCGACGGCUGCGUGGCGGCCAUAGCUGACAGCGACCUCGCCGCCACGCGCGCCGUGUACGCGGCGCUGCCCAAGGGGGUCUUCUUCUGGCACGACGGCAUGUCUAAGCCGGGCUUUUUCGAUGCCGACCGCAACGUCUCCUACUGCUGCAUCGACCAGGCUUCUGGUAGUGGUAGUGGUAGCAGCCCCCCGGGCGUCGUGGCUCCCCCAUCAGAGUCCUCGCCGCCGCCGCGCUGCGACCUAGCAUGCCCGAUCCAGUGCACGCCCGACGGCCGCAUCACGAGCAUUAUCUCCGAUCCUAGCCUCGAGGACAUGCCGGGGGGCCCGGGGAGGGGCGGGAGCUGCCCGCUCGGCGCGCUGUCGCCCGCCAUCGGGGAUCUGUCGGAGCUCUCCUCGCUCGUCUUUCGCCACUCGUGCCUCGCCGGGGAGCUGCCGGAUUCCGUCACGCGCCUCCAGAAGCUGACGGUACUCGACAUGCGCGAUAAUAGCUUCUCCGGUAGCAUCCCGCCCGGCCUCUUCCGCCUGCCCGCGCUGCGCCACCUGCACCUGAGCGCGAAUGGCGGCGGGCUGUCGGGCUCCCUUCCCGAGGGCCCCGGCGCGUACUCCACGUCGCUCGAAACCGUUGACCUCGCCGGGAACGCGCUCUCGGGGGAGCUUCCGCGGACGCUUUUCCGCGCGCCUGCGCUGCGCUGGGCGGACCUGCAGAGCAACAACCUCACGGGGGAGCUCCCCGGGCAGGCCGAGGCGGGGGGAGCGGGGGCGUACUCCGCGAGCCUGGUUGCGCUCAUCUUGCGCAACAACAGCCUGUCCGGCGGCCUCCCCACCGAGCUGGCGGAGAUGACGCGGCUGAAGAUGCUCGACCUGGGGGGGAACCGCCUGUCGGGCGCGGUGCCCCAGGCGCUCGGCGCGCUGCUGCCGGCGGUGCUGGACGUGGUGCGGCUGGACGGCAACGCGCUCACCGGGCCCUUGUGCCACGCGCUGCUGCCCGCCAGGGACCUCGCGCUCGGCUUUAACCCGCACCUUGGGGGGGACAGCGGCGAGGGGGGGAAGGGCAGUCUGCACGGCUGCGUGCUGCCGGCGAAGCUGGAGGAGCUCAGCGCGCCGCACGCGGGGCUCUGGGGGAGCGUUCCGCCCGACCUGUUCCUCGCAGUGGACCCGCAGACGGGGCGCCGGCCCGCCAUGGGCGGCCUUGGCAAGGUUAUCGAGCUCAACUUCAGCCGCAACAGCCUCUCGGGUAGCCUCAGCGCAUUCUCGGUGCUUCCUUCCGGGACCUUGGACCUGUCAUACAAUAACUUUACAGGCGGCAUUCCCGAGGCGUUCUUCAGCUUCGAUCGCCGUGUGGACGUGCGGUUUAACGCGCUGUCCGGGCCGCUGUACGACGCGCGUCGGCGCAAGUUCGAAGACAGGCGGUUCGAGAAAGGGACGGACGUCUGGGACUAUCUGCGCGUGAGCAACAACAGCGCCGCCAUUGCGCGCGCGGUGGGCGCGGGGUACCUGCCCGCGCCGUCGCCUGGCGUGCAGGCCUCCGCUGCCGAGACGGCUGUGCUGCUGGCCGUGCGAGACGCGCUCCUGGGGGGGCCAGCGGAGGCAGCGGAGGGAGUGGACGGGGGGGCAUUGGCGGAUGGCGGAAACAGCUCGUGGGCGGCGCUGCUGAGCGGGUGGGGCGUGGGCACCAGCAGCGCGUGUGCGUGGUACGGCGUGGGGUGCACGGCCGACGGCCACGUGGACACCCUGCACCUGCUGGGCGACGAAACCGUCACCCUGCACGCCCCCUUCGUGCCGGACUCGCCAGAGUGCGAGGAUGUGUACGGCGAAAAGAUAUGCGCACACGACCCCCCGCCCCCCCCUCCCCCGGUGCGCUUCUUCCUCCAGGGCUUGCCUGGUCGCAAGUCCACCGGGUCGCUAUCGACGGCGCUGGGGCAGCUAACCCGGCUGACCUCGCUGCGCAUCUCCCACCACACUCUCUCCAGCUCCCUCCCCGCCUCCCUCUCCCUCCUCUCCCACCUCGUCUCCCUCGACUUGAGCUCCAACCGCCUCCUGUCCGGCGCCGUCCCCCCCACCCUCUACACUUUGCCCGAGCUGAGAGAACUCACCCUGCGCGGCAACAACCUCACGGGCGACGCGCUGCCCAGCAGCGGUGCAGCGGCCCUGUCGCCCUCGCUGGAGUCAUUGGACGUGGGGGGAGAUCAGCUGUCCGGGUCGAUUGGGAGUAGCAUCGGCGCUCUCACUUCCCUCACGCGCCUGGCUCUGGACCACAACCGCCUGCAGGGCAGCCUGCCAGGGCAGCUUUGCGCGCUGUGGAUGCUCAGGGACCUGCAGCUGCAGGGGAACGCGCUGCAGGGAGACCUCUCCGCCCUCGCUGCUGCCACCUCCGGCUCCAGUUCACGCAUGUGGGGUCUCGGGGGGGUGUUCCCUCUGCUCACCUUGCUGGACGUCAGCAGCAACCAGCUGUCCGGAGAUGCGGCCGUGCUCGCCCCUAUUGGAUCACAGUUCAGCUAUCUGAACGCGUCGCACAACCACCUCACGUGCAGCCCUGGCAGCGCCCUCUGGACAGCAUGGCACGUGGACCUCUCCCACAACCGCAUCAGCGCCGCGCUGGACGACCUCGUCAGCUUCCCCGACAGCUUUGCGUACGUGCUGCGCCUGGCGCACAACCAGAUCUCGGGACCCAUCCCUGCCUCCCUGCUGCGACACACGGUGAGCGAAGAGCUCGACCUCUCGCACAACCUGCUCUCCGGCACCAUACCCCAAAUCGUCAACUACUACUCAAUGACCACACUUGACCUGUCGUACAACCAGCUCUCCGGCGCCAUCCCUGAUAUAGAUGGUAGCCUCAGGAGGUGCGACUUCUCCCACAACCAGCUCACCGGGGGGUCCCCCAGGUGCCGCCUGCGUUGGAGCACCUCAACGCGAGCUGGAAUCAGCUGACCAAGAUCAGCUCCUCGCCCUUUCGGUC